AUGAUCCAGAAGGAGACUUCCAUGCAACUGGACCUCGCGUCUAAUGAUAACGAUAUUUACUGCAGCAACAACUUUGUUGACGGAAAGUGGGUGGCUUCACAAUCACAAAAGCGCUUCGAUGUGGUUGAUCCUGGGAGCGGCAAAAUCUGGGCAUCUCCCCCGGACUCGAUAGUCGCAGAUGUCGAAGUUGCGAUACAAUCUGCUCACAAGGCUUUCCAAAGUUAUAGCCGCGUCGUACCAAGGAAAAGAGCCGAGUGGAUUCUGGCAUGGCAUCAACUUAUUCUUGCUCAUAAAGAAGACCUUGCUCGGAUAUUGGUACACGAGACAGGAAAGCCCCUCCAGGAAGCCUACGACGAGAUCAAUUAUGCAACAACGUUUACUUGGUGGUUUAUGGGAGAGGCUGAGCGUAUUCAAGGGUCGAGCAUCAAAAGUGCGACGCCCGGGAGACGAGCCUUCGUCAUCAAGCAGCCUAUAGGCCCUGUUGCUGCCCUGGUACCCUGGAAUUUCCCUGUGGCCCUAUAUUUGAGGAAGGCGAGUGCUGCACUGGCGGCAGGCUGCACAAUGGUCGUCAAACCAUCUCCAGAAACCCCAAUAACCGCGCUGUGUUUAGCAAGUCUAGCUCUAAAAGCGGGUUUUCCACCAGGGGUCCUGAACGUUGUGACCACCAGCCUAGAGAACACUCCGUCUGUGUCAGAGGCAAUGUGUACUCACCCUCUAAUCAAAAAAGUCAGUUUUACCGGUAGUACACGUGUGGGAAAACUCAUCGCAGGUCUGUGCUCAAAAUCAUUGAAGAAGUCGACCCUCGAACUUGGUGGCAACUGCCCCUUUAUCGUUUUUGAUGAUGCAGACCUUGUCGAUGCUGUAGCUCAAUUGUCUGCAUUAAAGUGGCGGCAUGCCGGGCAAGCCUGUAUCACAGCUAAUCGAGUUUUUGUGCAAAGAGGUGUCUACGAACAAUUCAUCACCAGACUGGUAGAAAAGGCUAGUGGUCUUGUCAUUGGGCAUGGGCUGGAAAAGAAAUCCUCAAUGGGGCCUGUUACUACCUUACGAUCAUUGACCAAGGCAGAAGAGCUUGUAACUGAUGCCAUGGCUAAAGGUGCAAAGAUUGUCCUUGGGAGUGGGAGAUCUGCUGAACGUGACGGCUUUUUCAUGGAACCAACGGUAUUAACCGGAGUGGAAGACAAUAUGAUAAUGAGUGGAGAGGAAAUCUUUGCCCCAGUGCUUGGUAUCUCCAACUUUGAUUCUGAGGACGAAGUGGUAAAGAGAGCCAACGACACGAGUCUGGGCCUUGCAAGUUACGUUUUCACCCAGGAUGCUGAUAGACUAUGGAGGAUGCUCGAGAAUCUGGAAGCGGGUAUGAUAGGAAUGAACACGGGCGGUAGUUCCGCAGCCGAGGCACCCUUUGGUGGCAUUAAAGAAAGUGGCUGGGGUAAAGAAAGUGGCAAAGACGUUGCGCUGGAUGAGUUCAUGGUCACCAAGACGGGGACGUUGACGGUGAAAGGACAUUAUUGA